AUAAUUCGCUUUGAAAAAGAUAAAUAAAACAGGCAGUCUAUUUAUUUAUUUAUUUUCAUCUUAUAACUGUAAUAAAAAAAAAGACAGAAAGAAAUUCAAACUAACAUGCUCAUUUAACUUUAAAUUAAAAUGCCACUCGAACACUGCAGUGACUUGACCGUGCCUAAACUAGGUUAUUAUCAUACAUUUACACAAAAAGGCCCUUUUUUGAUAAGGUUAAAAGCCUUCUAUAACAAAUAUGCCAAAAACUCUAAUAGCACCAUGCAUACCUCACCCCAUUUAUUUGUUUUAUUGUUGCUUUCGUGAUAUUUUCCAUUAAAAUUUGUAAACAUGAAAACUGCUGUUGAACAUCUCUGACUUAAAACUACACUACCCAGGAUGCAAAACGUCGCCAAGAAGGGAUGUCUAUAAUUCUAAGCCGCUUGGGUAAAAAAUAAAUAAUAACAAGCCAACAGCUGAAGUAUUGUAUUACACCCGGGGAACCUGACUACCCUUUAAUAGGACAAGGGUGACACAAAGUAACCCGACUGGUCACGCUCUUUAAAUCUCUCAGAUAUAACGCUGAAAUUAAGAGCACCGAUAGGCUAUUUGAUUUGACACCAGAAUGUUUGGGUAAAUUAUGCCAGAAAACGCAGCGUGGAGCUUGACCUGUAACGCGAGUUUGGAUUUAAUCUUAACGCAAUGGUUCUGGUUUCCUUUGGUCAUCCUGAGGGACCUUUUGAACUAUGGAGCGUUUCAACAUCAUAAGACUGUUGACUGGAGCGCAGCGUAUAUAUAACCGGUCGUAAUGCCACACUAUUGGACGGUACCGAACAGGUGCUAUUUAGACAUUUCAGGUUGUAAAUCAAAGGGACAUAUGAGCUGACAUAUACAGAAUUGUGAGGCAACAAACAUGAUAUGACUAGUAUUAUUAAAUGCAUUAUUAUAUAAGAAUGAAUAUGUAGGGGUUAAGGAGGGGAAAGGCCGGAGAUUUAUUAAUGCUGUAUUAAGUGAUUACAAGACAUGAUGAUAGGAUUCAUUAUGCUGACAUGCCAGGAAUCAUGUCAUAGCACUGUGGCCACAGAUUUGGUGCCCUUUUCUCUCAUCUCUCAUUACUGCUUCAUUUGGAUACUGAUGGGUGUUUGUGCUGCCAGUCUAAAGAGCCUCCACCAUGGGAUGUGUACAGAGUGUAAAACUCAAGCCACGUUUUCAUGAGAAUAUCACCGUCCUGGAACUGCAAGCCUCCAUUGAUCCUAGUCCAACAGUCAUCGAUGAGUCAUCUAAUGUGGUUUUGCGAUACCGUACGCCUUACUUCAGGGCAUCAGCUCAGGUCCAGGUGCCACCCAUGCUUAGCAAAGAUAUCUGGACCGUUGGCUGGAUCCAGGCUUGCAAUCAAAUGGAUUUCUUCAAUAUAUAUGGGAAUGAAGGAGUAUCCAGCUGGGAGCUCCCAGAGAUGAAAUCUGGGCAGAUUCAGGUGAUUAGUGAUUCAGAUGGUGUGAAUUACCCCUGGUACGGGUGCACCACUGAGAUGUACGUGAUAGUGGGUCCCACUAAGAAGAGCACCAAACUCAUCGUCAGCAUGAAUGACAACUUCUGCCCAAGUGUGACGUGGAGUGUCCCAGUGGGCACCACCAGCAGUCCAGCUCUCCUGAGCUCCAUCCAGAGGGACCAACGCUUCACCACAUGGCUCGUGGCCAUGAACGAAACCACGGCUGAGAUGGUGCUACUCCGAACCAUCCGCUGGAGGAUGCAGCUCUGCAUUAAAGUGGAUCCAAUGAAGCCUCAGGGUCAAAGAGCCAUAGUUGUGGAGCCACUGAUCCAGGAACAGCCGCAAAUCUUGGUCAGAAAUGAACCUAUCCCGACAAACGCCUUGCUUAAGCCUAAUGCCAAUGAUGUUGAGGUUCUAAUGUGGCGGCCUAGAAAUGGGGAGCCUAUUGUGGUCAUACCCCCAAAAUAUUUAUCCAAUGAAGGAUAUUUACUUCCAGCUUGAAGUAAGAUGAUUCAGUAAUGCUCAGUUAAAUGAAGAAUGGCGUGGAGUGAGUAUGAGAAUGAUAGUCA